AUGUGGCCACUCCCGCAGCCCAACGGACAUCGGUGCUCCAGCCAUAAGGACUGCUACAGCGACUGCUGCGUGCAGACUGGCAGGCAGCCAGACAAGUUCUGCACCACCAAGACCAUGCUGCAGUGCGUGGCCUGGCGCAAGCCCGACAGAGACCUGUGCAGCAGCCACAACCAGUGCUGGAGCCUGUGCUGCAUCCAGGUGGGUGAGUCCAGCCGCACGCGCUGCUGGCCGCGGACCGGGUUCCUGGUACAGUGCCUGCCGCUGGUAUGUGCAGCCGCGGGCCCCCAACCCCCACACGGGGGCGCCAGCAUCCACCCCCGCCAUCCACCACACGGGGGCGCCAGCAUCCACCCCCGCCAUCCCGCUCCCUGA